AUGUCCUUCAUCAUAGACGAGAAGCCCCAGACACACCUCGAGGUCGACCCGUACGACCAUGACGUCAUGAGCGGCGACUCGGACUCGGAGGUCCCGCCCGCCUACGACGACGCCUUCUCCAAAGCGCCCUCCACCGUCCAGCUCCAGAUCCACGCCGUCGGCUACGACUACGGCCAGGCCCUGACCGGCAACACCCUCGAGAACAUUGCCGUCGAUCGCGUCGAAACCGGCGAGCUCGCCUACACCUCGGUCCGGCUGUCCAGGUCGUCCAACUCGUGCGCCCUUGUCCGCGGCCAUGACACCAGCAGGUCGCUUAUAUCCACCAUCUACCGCUGGGGCCCCGGCCGCCCGCCGCGCAUGCGCGUCUUUGCUGGCCCCGCCGGCGUCUCGGUUGACGACGCCAUCCACAACGACCAUCUCCCGUGCGAGCUCGUCAAUGUCAAGAGUCGCAACGUGUUUUCCCGCACGCAGAGGUUCGCCACCAGCUUCGGCACCUUUGAGUGGCGCUAUGCAGACCGCGCCGAGCGCAAACAACCCGAGAACAAUGCCGACUCCCUGCUCGUGUGCGAGCGGACGGACGGCGGCGGUACAGGUAGCAGCGGUGGCAAGGCAGGCAAGAGAGGCGUGCAGGUGGCGCAGCUGGUCCGCAACGAGGCGAUGCGCACACCUGGCACGACGAGGUGGAUGGGCGGCAAUGGCGGGCGGUUGGCGCUCGACCUGAGCGGCUGGGCUGAUGCGGCGGCGGCGGAUGGCAAGGGUGCGACGGCGGCGCAGGGUGUUGAGGCGUUCUUGGUCGCGAGCUGUAUCUGCAUGCUCAAGAGGGAGGCGGACCGGUUUAAGGACAAUGCGAUUGCUUCGGUGGUGUAG